CAUAGUUCUAACACGUGACUAGACCGACCAGUUGGUAAGCCCAUCUUGACUUCUUAAUAUGGCUACGACUCUUUGAUCUACCGGUACCACACAAUUGGUAUUCGCAGAGCAACGUCCUCCCAAGUAAAGACAUAUUUCAGAGCCAGAUCAAUGGCUUGGUACAGAUCAAGGUGUCUAUUUGCGCUCAGAGACCUUUCUACCCAGAUACUUGCUGAUAUCUUCCCCGUCGGGCACCAACGUCACCUUCCACAUGUUUUCUACGACUCGUCCCCCCUGGCAAUACCAUUGGCCUACCUCUAAUCCAACUAUCCCACGUCCAGCCUUGCAUGAUGCUCGCUAUGAAGGGUGGCCCCACCCCUCACUGGAGCUUCCCCAAGUUGCUUCACCUUCGUCUACUACACGGCACGUUUCUCUUGCAAUUGAUGUUCCAUUGCACCGUCUGCAUGAGGCUAACGCCGCCCAUACCCAACCUCGUUCUGUUCAUCCCCAGUGUGACGCUCGCCCCCGCACAAACUUUUGGCCGCAAGCAUGCACAGAUAUAAUGGGUCCCGUUGGCUCUCAACGCCGUGAAUUCUCCGGUUCGUUGGCAUGGAACGGCGGCACCCAUUCUCCAUCUCUCCAAGGCACUUCUGAGAUGCGCUCUACGACGAACACGCGGCUCAUACUAUACGACCACUCCGCACUACGAACGAUGACAUCAAACGUUAACGAAAUUCAAAAGGCCUACCCCCACCCAUUUCUCGCAACGCCGUCCAUGUCACUAACUUACGACCUGCGCUUCCCACCUACAUCUCUCGGCUUUCCAUCGUCAUCUCCAUAUGCAGGCUGCGGGCAUGAGCUACUCCGCGUCCCACUUACGCCAGAACGGCCUAGACAUAUACGUCUCAUCAGCCCAAACUUUCCCUGGGCGUUUGACAUCGGUCCAGACCCUAGUGUCGAAGAUGAGGUCGUGUCGUGUCUUGACGUUCUCGCUACCCUGCAUGCUGCAUUGCAGCUCCCACUCACAGAUGCUGAGUGGGCCACCACUGGAUAUAAUAAACGUGCAAGUCUUAUUAGAGCACGUGGUCGUCGCCUUGCGUUGCGAGGGAGCUCGAAUUCUGCGGCACGAACCAGGCCUACUGUGAGGUUUACACUUGGCACUUAUGCGUCGAAUCACAGGCCUGUGCAGCGUGAGUCGCCGCUGCUCCGCGUCGACUGGCUUGGAUCUAGAGUUGCCUUCAUGGGGCUUGUUAAGGAUGAGGCGUUUGCGAGGAGUAGACUCAUUCCGGGUGGUGGAGAGCCACCCGAGACUUGGGUGAUCAGAUUCCAGAGGUUAUGAUUCUGAACGUUCGAAAAAAAUGUACAAACAUCUUAUUGGUUACAGCUGAUUUCCGUUACAGCAGUAAUGGGUUUUGUUGUGCCAUGGCCGUUUUGAUGUGAACGACCAAAUUUCUUGGUGGAGAAUUCAAAAUACAUUCUUCAGCUACGUACAAGCGAAUUUAUCUGUAGUAUUAUCUAUUUGUACCAAUCAAUGCAAU